GUCCUGGGUGCAGAGGCUUCUCCAGCUUAGGCCUCGCCUUUGGAGUAUGACCUGGUGGAAAGCCAUGGCUCCCACCGUCACCUAUGUCUUGCCUAUUUUCCAGUCUGCAAGGAGCUGCAGCUUCAUUCUUCCUGUCCCGCUCCAGACCAAGAGCAGCCUGGCAGGGCAGCCCGUAGGCCCCCACUCAGCCCUCACCACAGCCUUCCUUUCCCUUUCAUUUCUGGAGUGACUGGUCUUCCCAGCACCCGCCCGCCCCUCAGGGAGGUGCCUCAUGGCGGCCCGCCCCUCCGGCCUGGUUUCCUCAGGAAAAGCCUUGGGAGGAAGCAGGAAGGGGAUUGGGAGCUGUGGGGGUCAGAGGAGUCUGAGACCUCCCACUGCACUGGCCGCCAUGGGGCUGGGGCGGCUGCUCCCACUGCUAUUGCUCUGGACUCAGGAGGCCCGGGGGUCCGAGCUGGACCCCAAUGGGCAGCACGUCUGCAUGCCCAGCAGUACCUCUGCUGAACUCCAGUGCUGCCCAGGCUGGAGGCAGAAAGACCACGAAUGCACCAUCCCUAUCUGUGAGGGGCCAGACACCUGCCAGGAAGUGGAAGUAUGUGUGAAGCCAGGCCUCUGUCGAUGCAAACCUGGAUUCUUCGGGGCCCAGUGCAGCUCCCGCUGCCCGGGCCAGUACUGGGGCCCCGACUGCCGUGAGAGCUGUCCCUGCCACCCGCACGGCCAGUGCGAGCCAGCCACAGGCGUGUGCCAGUGCCAAACCAAUCGUUGGGGCAGCCGCUGCGAGUUCGCGUGCUCCUGCGGCCCCCAUGGGCGUUGCGACCAGGUGACGGGCGUGUGCCACUGCGAGCCGGGCUGGUGGUCGUCCACGUGCCGCCGCCCGUGCCAGUGCAACCCCGUGGCGGCGCGCUGCGAGCCGGCCACAGGCGCCUGUGUGUGUGAGCCGGGCUGGUGGGGCCCCGAGUGCCGGCAGCAGUGCAAAUGUGUGCGCGGCCACUGCAGCCCCGCCUCGGGCCACUGCGCCUGCCCGCCCGGCUUCCGUGGCGCGCGCUGCGAGCUGCCCUGCACCGCCGGCAGCUACGGAGUGCAGUGCAGCAACAGCUGUGGCCACUGCAAGAACAAGCCAUGCUCUCCAGACACAGGCAGCUGUGAGUCGUGCGAAGCAGGCUGGAAUGGGACCCAGUGCCACCAGCCCUGCCCACCUGGCACCUUCGGCGAGAGCUGCAGGGAGCAGUGCCCACGCUGCUGGCACGGGGAGGCCUGUCAGCCGGAUACUGGACACUGUCAGCGCUGUGACCCUGGCUGGCUGGGGCCCAGAUGUGAAGACCCCUGCCCGGAUGGCACCUUUGGGGAGGGCUGCAGCUCUACCUGUCCCCCCUGUGUUCAGGGGGCCUGUGAUGCUGUGACAGGGGACUGUGUCUGCAAUGCCGGCUACUGGGGUUCCAGGUGCAACAUUUCCUGCCCCUCUGGCUUCCAUGGAGACAACUGCUCGGUUCCCUGUGAAUGCCCAGAGGGACCCUGCCACCCUGUCUCUGGGUCCUGCCAGCUGGGCUCCCCUGGUCAGGACGCCGCCCUCAUUGCGGGCAUCCUCGUGCCUCUGCUGCUGCUCCUCCUGGGCACCGCCUGCUGCGCCUGCUGCUGCUGGGCUGCCCGACUGGACCCCAAGGACAGGCCAGCGAGAGACGGAGCGGCUGUGUCUAGGAUGAAGAUGCAGGUCUGGGGGGCCCCGAUUUCCUCACUGCCCUGUGGUUCCCUCAGUAGCCACAAGCUACCAUGGGUGACAGUCUCGCACCACGACCCGGAGAUCCCCUUCAACCACAGCUUCAUCGAGCCACCCUCUGCCGGCUGGGCCUCGGACGACUCCUUCUCUUCUGAUUCCGAGUCUGGAGAAGAGGACGAGGGUCCUGCCUACUGCGUGCCACCCCAAGAAGGGAUGGUCCCUCUGGCCCAAGCAGAGUUACCAGAAGCCAGCCUGGCCGGAGGCCCUUUCCCACCUCCUGAAGAUGCCUCCACACCAUUUGCCAUCCCCCGCACCUCCAGCCUAGCCCGGGCCAAGCGGCCUUCAGUCUCCUUUGCGGAAGGCACCAGGUUUGCACCGCAGAGUCACCGAAGCUCAGGGGAGCUCUCCAGUCCACUCCGAAAGCCGAAGAGGCUCUCCCGGGGCGCCCAGCCAGGUCCUGAGGGCCAAGAGACUGAAGAGUCCACAGGCCCAGAACAAGCAGAAAAGGAUGAGGCCCCUCCAACUGCCACCAGCCCCAGGGAUUCAGCCACUGGCCGCCGCCGGCCCCUGCUUGGUGGCCGGACAGUGGCUGAACGUGUGGAAGCCAUCGAGGGCAGCGUUCAGGAGAGCUCGGGCUCUGUGACCACAAUCUACAUGUUGGCAGGGACGCCCCGGGGACCGGAUGGCCCUGUCCGGUCUGUCCUCCGCCGUUUUGGUAGCUUCCAGAAAGGCCAGGCAGAGCCCAAGGUCAAGAGUGCCAUUCCCAAGCCUCCACGCCGGGCCCUGAGUCGGAACAAGGGCAGCCCUGGGCUGGCCCCUGGCUCUGCCAGCCAGAUCCCUGGCUCAGCCCCAGAUGCCAAGCUCGCUGGAGCCAUGGAGUCGACAGGAGUCAGGCCGGAAGAAGUGACCACUGGGCUGGCGAAUGGCCUCAAGAGUUCGAGGGGGGCCCAGGAGCUGGUCUGUGGGAGCGGCCCCCCAGAACAGGAUCCUCAGAAGCAGACUGAAGAGGAAGGGCAGGAGGAGCCCCAGUAUGAGAAUGUCGUUCCCAUCUCCGCCCCUGAGCCCUGAGGACCUUGAAUGGGGAAUGGGGAAACUAUGCCUAGGGCCGGGAGCCGAGGGGCGUGUGCCUGAACUGCCCCUGGACCAGAUCGUGCUUCCUGCUGGAAAAUCAGCCCAGGACCAGGACGGACAUACUUCUGUGGAGAAAAGGCAAAGGUUAGAGGCCAGUUGGCUCUGGACCCUGGCGGGGCUCUGGGACUGGGUCUGGAAGGCUUGGGCAGACACCCUGCAGGAUGGGGUCGGGAAGCGGAAGAGAUGACCGCAGGGACUUUUUACUCUGUUGUCCUGGACUCUAUCCCAAAGAGCUAUUCUUUCCUUCAUUUGCAAAACACUUCUGAAAUAGGGAACAAAUUAAAUACUUGAUGAUAAAAGA